UACUCGCAUAAAUAAGGGCAGCAGAAAUACCUUCCCUUCCCUUCCCUCUGAUCAAUCAACUGCGACGGUCUGGAGUUCGAUUGAUUUCAAGAAAAUGUCGCUCGGCCGCGUAUCUGGCGUACGCAACGGAAUGUUGCGUGAGUUGGCGAAGAAAGUAACGGUGCCGUCGCUUGUAAAGAAAUCAAGCAAAAGCCGCUCGUUCCAUUACCGCUAUUUGGAGUUAUGCCGCAACAAGAAUCUCACGCCGCUGCCUGAAAUUCGCAAGAAAUCAAAUGAGACCACAAUUCUAGAGCUCAAUGCCGACAAGCUGGGCGUCAGCGACUGGCUGCUGAUUAUUGAGGCACUUCACCAUGAUUUGGCCCUGAAAUGCUUGGUGCUGCGUCUGCGCCGCACCUAUGAACAGAAUACAAUCGAUCCCAUCGACUCGGAGAAUCGGGCCCGACUCUAUACACAGCGUCCGGUGGUAUUCACGCGCUUCAUAUUCCGUGGCCUCGUCCAGGCCAUUGCCAAUUGUGUGAUGAGCAACAAGAAUCUGACAGUGCUCAAGCUGGAGGGUCUGCCCCUUUAUGACGUCUACAUUGAGUCCAUUUCCAAGUCGCUGGACGGCAACGAUCGCUUGGAGACAUUGAGCUUUCGCCGCUGCAUGCUUGGCGACAAGGGGUGCGAACUUUUAUGCAAUACGGUCAAGUACCUCAACCAGAUAGCAUCAGUCGAUCUCUCCGGCUGCCACAUCACCGCAAAGGGGGCCUGUCACCUGGCCGAAAUGAUCAAGAUCCAAAAGAUAGCACGUUACACGGAGGGGUGGCAGAAGUCGUUGCGCUACCAGACGCCAGAUAUCAAUUCAUUGUUGGGGCUACGCACGAUCAUAAUUGCCAACAAUCCAGAGAUUGGCGACAAAGGACUCAAUUCGAUUACCGAGGUGCUGAAGGAGGAUGCCUGGAUAAGGGUCGUCGACAUGGAGUGCUGUGGCUUGACUGACAUUGGAGCCAAUACCAUACUCGGCCUACUGGAGCUGAACAACGUCAUCAAGGAGUUCAAUGUUCGCAACAACGAGGGGAUCAGCCCGUUGUUGCAUCGCAGCAUUCGCAACCACUUGAAAACCGCAGAGACCGAAGAGCAUCAGGAGCCGGAGUGCGAUCUCAAUUGGUUCAGCGGGCUGGAGCAUAUUCCCCAAAGCAAGAGGUUCCCACUCAUACAGAUGCUAUCGCAUACAAGGAUACUCGAGGAGCAGCUGUCCUUCGAGCAGACUCUACGCAAGAAGGCCGAGGACCUCAAUGUAAAGCUCAGCAGUCAACUAAUGUGCAUUGAUAGCAAAAAGGCCUCCGACAAGGUGAUUUCCGUGACCUAUGACAUACAUAACGUAGAUCUGGAGAUGAAGAAAGAAGACAUCGAAGGCUCGCCGACAUAUCGCCAGAUGCAAAUGACCAACGAAGAUUUGCAAAUGGAAAUGAAGGAAGAAGACCAUAAGAAGUCGCUGACGUAUCGUAAGGGGCACAAGACCAACGAAAAUGUGGAAAUGGUGGAGGAAGAAGACCUCAAAGACUCGCGGACAUAUCGCCAGACGCAGUUUGACGGGCUGAUCGACAGCUCAGUCAACACACCGGAAGUAACUCCGCGCAGCGACAUGACAGAAACAGGACAGGAGAGGACAGGACAGAAACAAACUGAGGAGAACUAUGCUCAAUCCGAGGUGGAGCCAAUGGAUAUCAGCCAUUUCGAGGAACAGCAGACGUCCACACGCCAGCUGUUGGGUGUCCGCAAGGUGCGCAGCGAAAUGAAAUACGUAGAGCCCAACGUGAAAUCACGAAAAAGUCACGAGUCGAAGUCGGAUUACGAAUUCGCCAACGAGCGCCGCUUCAACCUCAAAUCGAAUGUGCAAUUCGAGCAGGACAUUGGAGACAGUGCCAGGGUGUACGGGAAUCAGCAAGAGCGUUAUCCUUACGAAGAAACUGAAGACGACGAGCUCAACGCGUCGGUGCACUUGGAGCAGGAGAUUGGGGAACCUCUCAUAGUCGAGGCCAAGGGUGGUCCUAAGAAAGGACCGCCUCGUUACGGAGGAGCUGGAGACGGGGCUCCCAUACCGACGAUGCAGUUCGAGCAGGAGAUUUUGGAACCUAUCACGGUCAAGGGCGGUCAUAAGAAAGAACGGUCUCGUUACGAAGGAGCUGGAGACGGCGGCGAGCAUCUCAACUCCAUGGAACAGUUCGACCAGGAAAAUGAGGAAGUAAUCAUGGUCCAGGCCAAGGGCAAGGGUGGUCAUAAGAAAGGACCAUCUCAUUACGAAGAAGCUGAAGACGACGAGCUCAACCCGUCGGUGCAAUUGGAGCAUGAGAUUGAGAGCAUGGUCAAGUCCAAGGGCAGUCAUAAGAAAGGUCGGGCUCGUUACGCAGGAGCUGGAGACGGUGAGCUUAACUCGCUGGUGCAGGAGAUUGGGGAACCUCUCAUGGUCAAGGCCAAGGGCAGUCAUAAGAAAGGUCGGGCUCGUUAUGCGGGAGCUGGAGACGAAGGCGAGCAGCUCAACUCCAUGGAACAGUUCGAGCAGGACAAUAUAGAAGUAGUCAUGGUCCAGGCCAAGGCCAAGGUCGGUCAUAAGAAGAGACGGGCUCGUAACGAAGGAGCUGGAGACGUCGAAACCAUCCCGAUGGAGCAGUUCGAGCACGAGAUUUUGGAACCUGGCACGUUCAAGCCCAAGGGCGGUCAUAAGAAAGGACGGGCUCGUUACGAAGGAGCUGGAGACGUCGAAACCAUCCCGAUGGAGCAGUUUGAGCACGAGAUUUUGGAGCCUGGCACGUUCAAGCCCAAGGGCGGUCAUAAAAAAGGACGGGCUCGUUACGAAGGAGCUGGAGACGGCGGCGAGCAUCUCAACUCCAUGGAGCAAGUUGAGCAGGACAAUGAGGAAGUAGUCAUGGUCCAGGCCAAGGCCAAGGGCGGUCAUAAGAAGAGACGGGCUCGUUAUGAAGGAGCUGGAGACGGCGAGCACAUCCCAAUGGAGCAGUUCGAGCAGGACAAUGAAGACGUUGUCAGCGUCAAGGGCAGUCAUGAGCAAGUACAGGAUCGUAACGAAGGAGGUAAAGACGGCAAGCGUUGCAAGAAGGUAAAGCAGCGACGCUGUGGAACGAUGCCGGAAACUAUGGAUUAACCUGUUUAAUUGCAAUGUAGUUUUUGUCCGUUAUUUGUUUUAUAUUUUAUACGCACGCCAAAUAAAUUGGAUAACUGCAAUGCAGACAAUAUUGCA